CAAUUUUAGCAAAUGUGGAGGCCGCGGAAUGGGCACAGCUUCGAAAAGUGGAGCGCUCGAGUAGCGAGUAGCGAGAGCAGAGCAGCCUACGAAGCGCGAUCGCCCCGCCCCGCGACGGAAUGAAUGCCUGCCUGCUCUGAUUGACGGGCGCCACUGUUUCCGGAACACCACCACGUGUCGAAUAUGUAUCAGGAAUCUAAAACUGGAACGUGUAGAGACCGGCAGCUAUUACAAAUCCUCGUACACAUCAGAUCCCGUGGAAGAAUCCGCAGUCCCUCUGUCGGCUGAUCAAGCAGAUAUACUCGACACAGAGGAGGUGCCACGGGAGAGACGCUCGGACACACGCCAAUUUCUGCUUCUGCUUGUGCUUGCACUGUUCUUCUUUCCUCCGGCCGAAGACGAAGAUCCCUCCGUCUCAUCUUCUGCUCACUCGUACAAUUGCGAUCGGCUCGGACAUUUCGGGAUUCUGGCCUUCCGAGUCCAUUCGAUUGCGUAGUGUGCGAUCAGGAAGAAACUGCAUCGAGAUCAAUUGCAGAAUAUAACAGGUCUUGAGAGCUGGGAACCAAGCAGUGAGACCUGAUCUUCUCAACGUUGUGAUUCCUGUUGAUGGAUUAACUUGGAGUAGAAUCGGAAACUUGGGUUAUGCAAAUCAUUUCGAAAAUUAAGAGCGGAGGUCCAAACUGUGUGAGAGAAAUUCUCACAAGCAGAUCGAUAGUUCGGACAUCCGGGUGAUUAGAAGCUUGCCACACUUCUGGUAAUCUGAGCUGAAAUACAAAAAGGUGAAGAGAGUAGCAGAAAACUAUUUUUUCUCGGCGAAGUGAAACACCAUGGGAUUCGAUUUUGAGGCCCUCGCAGAAGCGAGUUCAGGAGCAGUUGGGGGCCUCCUGAGUACAACUAUUCUUUAUCCGUUGGACACAUGCAAGACCAAGUAUCAAGCUGAGAGUACAGCAGGCAGUGCGCGGAAGUAUAGGAGUUUGUUGGAUGUCCUAUGGGAAGCUGUGGAGUCGCGGAAGAUUCUAUCCUUGUAUCAGGGAUUAGGUACAAAGAACCUUCAAUCAGUCGUGUCCCAAUUCAUUUAUUUCUACAGUUAUAGCUUCUUCAAAAACCAUCACCUCAAGCGCGCUGGGGUUAAGCGCAUGGGUACUGGAACCAAUCUCAUAGUGGCAGCAGCGGCGGGAGCCUGCACUGCUCUUCUCACUCAGCCUCUAGAUACCGCUGCUGCUCGGAUGCAAACAAGCACAUUUGGCAAGUCGAAAACCCUCAUGCAAACAUUCAGAGAGGGUACCUGGAAGGAACUUUGGGCUGGAAUAGAACCGUCUCUUGUGCUCUGCUCCAACCCUGCUAUUCAGUAUACUGUUUUUGAGCAACUCAAAUAUCGUCUUCUUCGAGGAGGGCAAGUCGGAGUCGCAGGAGAGCCAGCCCCAGUCGUCUUAUCAGCCUUCAGCGCUUUUCUACUGGGCGCCUUAUCGAAGUCCAUAGCGACGGUCAUCACCUAUCCCGCUAUCCGGUCGAAGGUUAUGAUACAGGCAGCAGACACCGAUGACGUGAAGGAUAAGAGCAAAGACAAACCUAUCCGCAAAAUGCACCAGGCAUUUUCUCUGAUCUGGAAUCGAGAAGGAUUUUUCGGCUUCUACAAAGGCCUAAACGCCCAGAUUUUGAAGACAGUGCUUGGAGCUGCUCUUAUGUUGAUGAUAAAAGAGAAGACGUCCGAAGCUACUUGGGCUGUUCUACUUGCAAUUCGCGAAUGGAGUAUGCAGGGUAAGAAGAGGAUUCAGGGAGUAAAAUUGCCGCCUGGUCUUGCCACCCCAGUAGGUACUCUCACUGGAGCAGCUUUAGUCUCAAGGGCUGUAAGUAGGUAAUUGAAGCAAACAAAUGUCGUAGAUUAGUGGUGAAAAUUAUCUUAAUUCUACUCAACCAGCAUUGUGGAACAUGCACAUGUUAUACAUGCACAUGCAGGGUUACAUACUGGUGUCAACCCUCAAGGUACUUCCAUUCAAAUGAAGAGAAUGUAAAGUCUGCGGGAAAGUACUGCGGGUUGUCACUUACUUUUUUCAUGAAAGACAGUUAGCUUCAGUCUCAUCUUUCAGAACCUUUCCGAAUGGUAUAUCCUUCAAUAUCGGUCGAGGAAAUUAGAUUCCAACUCCACUGAGAGGAUGUGUAUUGAUUCAGGUAUUGUAAAUUUGAAGUAAAAGCCCUGUUGAAAAUG